AUGUCUUCUUGGGGAGUCAUCAACAAUCAGUGGAUACCAAAUCCUAAGGUAGUUAAGUACAUGAUCUUGAUAGGAGGAACUGAAUCAACUGGGAUUCAAACCCGACUUCAUCAGUUUGAGAGAUCACUGAUAGAAAUAGUGGAACUAUAUGCAGCUGAACUGAAAAUAUUGGCUUUGGAGAUUAUUGAUUUUCUAGCAAAAACAUUGAAUAUGGAUGAAGAAUACAUUAGGGAAAUGUUUGGAGAAGGAAGACAUUCAACGAGGAUGAAUUACUACCCACCAUGUCCACAACUAGAUAAAGUGAAAAGACUCACACCUCAUUCAGAUGUCGUUGCCCUCACAACUCUCCUUCAACUCAACCAAAUGGAAGGACUUCAAAUAAAAAAAGAUGGUGUGUGGAUUCCUAUUAGUCCUCUUCCUCAUGCCUUCAUUAUCAACAUAGGUGAUAUCUUGGAGAUAGUGAAAAAUGGAGCCUAUCGUAGCAUUAAGAACAGAGCAAUGGUUAACAACAAAAAGGAAAGACUUUUAAUUGUAACAUUUUACAGCACAAGAUUUCACAGACAAAUUGGUUCUGCUCCAAGUAUCAUUUCUGCUAAAAAUUCGGCAAAGUUCAUAAGUAUUGGAGCUGUAGAUUAUGGUAGAGGUUAUUUUGCUCGUAAACUUGAUAAGAAAUCAUACUUAUAUGUUAUGAGAAUCGAAAAUUCUGAGAAUCCAGCAAGUUGA